AUGCCGCUGGUGGCGGCCGUUGCCUCUGGCAACAAGGGGGGCAAGAAGGGCGGCAAGAAAGGAGAAGGUGGUGGUGGCGGUGGGAGUGGCGGUGCGGGUGGUGGUGGAGGAGGUGGAGGAAGUGGAGGAGGUGGAGGGAGUGGAGGAGGUGGCGUUUUCGGUGGUAGUGGAGGUGGGGAAACUGGCUCGCGGAGUGUAGAGCCCCAGCAGCAGCAGCAGCAGCAGCAGCAGCAGCAGCAGCAGCAGCAGCAGCAGCAGAGCAGCAGCAGCAGCAGCAGCAGCAGCAGCAGCAGCAGCAGCAGCAGCAGCAGCAGCAGCAGCAGCAGCAGCAGCAGCAGCAGCAGCAGCAGCAGCAGCAGCAGCAGCAGCAGCAGCAGCAGCAGCAGCAGCAGCAGCAGCAGCAGCAACAGCAGCAGCAGCAGCAGCCGCAGUAGCAGCAGCAGCAGCAGUAGCAGCAGCCACAGCAGCAGCAGCAGCCACGGCAGCAGCUGCUCCAGGGCCAGCAGCAGCAGGUCCAGCAGUGGCCCCUGCAGCAGCAGUGGAGCUUAG